GUUCUGCUGAUGUUGAAUUUUGCCAUCUUGUACAGUUUAGCUCGAGCUUGUUUGACAGAGUCGUAGAAAGAAAUUCUUUAUUGCGCUUGGAUUCGCAACCAACAUGGCGCCGAAAUACCUCACCGGCGACAGCCAGGCGAUCAAGGACUUUAUCGACAAGUUUGAUGUCUUUCUUUUUGACUGCGAUGGAGUAUUAUGGUCUGGUGAUAUUGUCUUCAAGGGAACCGUCGAGACCCUAGAAAUGUUGAGGAGCAAAGGAAAGCAGGUUGUUUUUGUUACCAACAAUAGUACCAAAUCGCGACUUGAUUACAAGAAGAAACUAGACAAAUUGGGCGUUCCUGCUUCUCAUGAAGAGGUCUUUUCUUCGUCCUACAGCGCCGCUGUUUAUAUUUCUCGAAUCCUGAACCUACCCCCCAACAAACGGAAAGUCUUCGCCAUUGGGGAAACCGGUAUCGAACAGGAACUCCAGGCGGAAAACAUUCCGUACAUCGGCGCCACAGAUCCCACUUACCGCCGUGACAUCACUCCUGAAGACUACAGCAAAAUCACCGCUGGCGACUCUUCCCUUCUGGACCCAGAGGUCGGCGUUGUCCUCGUCGGGCUAGACUUUCAUAUCAAUUACCUCAAAAUCUCCCUGGCAUAUCACUACAUCCGGCGCGGCGCGAUUUUCCUAGCCACCAACAUCGACAGCACGCUUCCAAAUGCGGGAAGCCUGUUCCCUGGUGCAGGCACAAUUAGCGCUCCCCUGAUCCGCAUGCUGGGUGGCAUCGAGCCGACAUCUCUGGGUAAGCCGAGUCCCGAGAUGAUGAUGGCGGUUGAGGGGAAGUUUAAAUUCGAUCGACGUCGAGCAUGCAUGGUGGGUGAUCGGUUGGACACCGAUAUCAGAUUUGGAAUCGAGGGGGGACUAGGUGGAACUCUGGGGGUUUUGACUGGUGUUUGUUCCAAGGCCGACUUUGAAACUGCGACUCUGCCGCCAAUGGCGUAUGUGGAUACGCUAGGAGAUUUGCUUAACGGAACAGCAUAGGCGGUCUCUGCUAUGCAAUUCUGGGGUUUAUUCCUACCUGUUCAUUACAUCCAUGCAUAUGUUUUGGAUGAGACC